AUGGAAGAACCCCUUGCAAAAUUGGAACGAGUCCAAACCCACCUCCUCCAACGCAUAUCAAAACUAGAACAACAUUCUCAUCUUCCUACAAAUUCCCCUCUCACCAACGACCCUGAAACCCUUUCCGACUCCGACACAGUCUCCCGUCUCUCUUCCAUUUUACGCACCAACGCCGUUAACGACUUCUCCUUCAAGAGAGUCGCUUCCGAUUACUACGACUGGCCUCUCGAAGCUCGCCGCGAUGCUCUUAACGCCGCGUCGGUUCACCAUCUUUGUAAAAGCAUCGUUUUAGUUAACACGCAAGCGCCUUCCAAUGUCGUCGAUUGUUCUGAUCGAAAUAAUUCAAAAUACUAUGUUGUCGUUGUUCAGUAUAGUGCUCGAUUCAAUGCUGAAGCUGUAAGAAGCUUUUUAUACUCUCUCAACAAUGGAACUAUAGCGAAGAAGAAAUUCAACUUGAGGCUAGCCCCUGAGGAGAUAUCAGCGAAGUUAACCGGAUAUGGGCACAAUGCAGUGACUUGUAUUGGCAUGAAAACAGACAUUCCGGUGAUUUUGGAUGAAGCAAUUGUUAAACUAACUCCAGAUUUCUUUUGGUUGGGUGGUGGUGAGGUUGAUCUGAAGCUAGGGAUCCGGACAUCCGAAUUAAUCAGAUUCAUCAAUCCAUUCAUCAUCAGCUGCAGUAGUAGUUAG